GUGCAUGUCAAAUGAUCAACCUUUUAACGUCACUGUCGUCAAAAAGCACAAACUCAAAAUUUUAGUAUAAAAAUGAUAAUACCUCUAUUUUCAUCGAUCAGACCAAUGUUAGUGAAACAGUCGAGAUGCUUUACAAAAACGUUCGAGAAAUUAUUAAGAACGUUUGCCACAGCAGGUGACGGCAAACCAACUGGAAAUUUCCAACAAUGCACCAUCACAGAGAAUAUGGUGGAUCCUUGUAAGCCUGAGCCACGGGUUGUGAUCAUAGGAGCUGGAAUAGCUGGAUUGAGCGUAGCUCAAAGAUUAGCGCAAUGCGGUUUGAGCAAAUUUGUGGUUUUGGAAGCAACUGAUAGGCCAGGCGGCAGAAUCCAUUCCUGCUGGUUAGGGGAUGUUGUAGCUGAAAUGGGUUGUCAGUUUAUUCACGGCGCCUGCAUAGGCAACCCGGUAUACACCCUAGCUGCUCAGGAAGGUCUUUUGAAAAGUCCAUUGAAGAGAAUCACCUAUUCAGAUGGUGUAUAUUGCACAAGCGAUGGAAGAUGCGUGGACAAUUCGGUAGCCCUGCUAGGACAGCACGUGUUCAAACAAAUCUUAUCUGAAGCUUCCAAUCUAUUUACAAUGGGAUGUGGAAAAGAGCACGGAAACCUUUAUAAUUUCUUAACUCUAAGAAUUCAACAGGAGUUACAGUUAUUCCCCGAAGAACAGAGAUAUGACUUGGCUCGUGUCAUGUAUGGAAAAACAAACCAAAUUAGAUAUAUUACUGGAGAGGAUUUAACUAAAGUCAGUGCCGAUAAUUUCGGUAGCUACAUUAAUAUUCCAGGGGGUAGUAUUCAGAUUCCAGUUGGAUUUGUCGGUGUUCUAUCACCCUUAUUAAAAGAACUCCCCGAAUGCGCUGUCAAGUUCGGUAAACCAGUUGGUCUAAUCAGAUGGGGAGCUGUCCAAAGCAGAAAAAAAGGUCCUAGAGCUAUCGUUCAAUGCUGUGAUGGUGAGGAAUACUGUGCCGACUACGUAGUGGUCACCGUUUCUUUGGGCGUGUUGAAGGAACACGCUGAAAAAAUGUUUUGUCCAGCUUUGCCUACUAAUAAAAUGGAAGCUAUUUCCGCACUAGGCUAUGGGAAUGUAGAUAAGAUAUAUUUGGAUUACGAUAGGCCGUUUUGGGUUUGGUCGGAAGGCGGUAUUAAGUUUGCUUGGUCUCCAGAUGAAUUGGCUCAAAGAUCAGAUUGGACUAAAGGUUUAGUAUCUGUAGAAGAAGUAGAAGGCAGCAAGCAUGUAUUGUGUGCUUUUAUUUCGGGUCCAGAAGCUGUUAUAAUGGAACAAGCAUCCGAUGAACAGGUAGCGGAAGGUAUAACAAAACUUCUACGACAAUUUACUGGAGACGCUUCUCUGCCGUAUCCAUCGACUAUCCUUCGAUCCAAGUGGGCUUCGGAUCCAUAUUUUUGCGGAUCUUAUUCGUACAUGAAUAUCAACUCAAAUGUGGGACAUCAAUGCGAUCUCAGCUGUCCUGUCCCGGGAUCAUGUGAUCCUGUUCCUCCGAUCCUUUUGUUUGCUGGUGAAGCAACAUGUGCAGGUCAUCACUCUACUGUCCACGGUGCCAGACUGAGUGGUAUACGUGAAGCCGAAAGAAUAGUCCAACUAACCAGAAAAUUCGGUGGACCUCCACCUCAACUAUAAUGGUCGAAGGAAUAUUAAAACCCUGUAAUGAAUUCUGCAGAUAAUAAUUAUAUAUUUUUGUAUUUUUUUAAGAUUUAACAAUUAAUACUUUUUUGACACAUGUAAUAUACAUUUAUUGUUUA